CUUCAUGAUGGUCGUAGGAUGCAAGUUGGACAGGGUUCUAUGCCUCUUGCCACCCAUUCACUCUUGAGUGUAAUUCGACUUUAUUCCUCCAUGGCAUUAAAAAAGCCCGUCAUAGCCGUCAUUGGGACUACUGGUGUAGGAAAAUCGCGCUUGGGUAUAGAUAUCGCGCGUCAUUGCAAUGGCGAAGUAAUCAAUGCAGAUGCAAUGCAAGUUUAUCGUGGGUUAGAUGUAAUAACCAACAAAGUCACAGAAGAAGAAAUGAAGGGAGUUCCACAUCAUCUUAUGGGUUACCUGGAUCCGAGCCAGGAGACUUUCGUUGCCGAAUGGAUCAACUUGGCGUCUACAACGGUUUUUGGUGGAACGUCGUAUUGGCUGCAAAAUCUACUUUUUCCAAACCGGAUCAUAAGCGACAACACUUCGUCAAGUUCGAUGCUUGUACGGUCGGAACCAACUCUUGCUUUACAGAGAGAUAUAGACGCCCUAGGUGUAGAACAGAAAGGUCUUUUCAAUAACCUUCCAGACAGACCACCGACAGCAUCCGACAAUGCCGAAGAAACACUCAACCUAUGGAGGCUCCUAGAUGCGCUAGAUCCAGAUAUGGCUGCUCGAUGGCAUUGGAAGGACUCGCGAAAAGUACUGAGGAAUCUCGAAAUCAUCGCAGAGAAGGGUAGGAGAGCGAGUGAAAUCAUCAAGGAUCAAGAUGAUACCGAGCUUGAGUCCAA